AUGGAUAGAAACAGAACACAGCAUCCGUUCCAGCAACACUCUAUGGAACCUACUGGAUAUGUGAAUGAACCUGUGCCUCAAGCGUUUACCACCGAUCAAACGACUAGCACAAAUGCAAACGCAAGGCCUCCCAAUUCGAAUGCUUCAGAUGUGAAGCCAGGGCUUCAUUACUCCAUACAGACAGGAGAGGAGUUUUCUCUAGAGUUUCUGCGGGAUCGAGUGAUUUCUCAAAGGUCUGCAAACCCCAAUGCAGCUGGUGACAUGGUGGGGAAUGGGAUGAGGGAGUACGAGAGAACAAACUUUCAUGAGUUUGGAAAUAAACUUGGGCAUAUCCAGUCAGCGCCAGAAGCUGCACUGUGUCAAGAUAGAAGUUUAGGAAAUUUUCAUGGAUAUGCAUCUUCUUCAGCUUCAGGUAGUUUAACAGCAAAGGUUAAGGUCCUUUGUAGCUUUGGUGGGAAAAUACUCCCACGCCCUGGUGAUUCGAAGCUUAGGUAUGUUGGAGGUGAAACGCACAUUAUUUCUAUAAGAAAGGACAUAUCUUGGCAGGAGCUCAGGCAAAAGGUUCUUGAAAUCUACUACCGGACCCAUGUUGUCAAGUAUCAGCUUCCUGGUGAGGAUCUUGACGCCCUGGUGUCUGUAUCAUGUGAUGAAGAUCUCCAGAAUAUGAUGGAGGAGUAUAAUGAGAUGGAAACCCGUGGGGGUUCGCAAAAGCUUAGGAUGUUUCUGUUCUCUGUCAUUGAUUUGGAUGGUUCUCUUCUGGGGGUUAAGCAAAGUGAUGUUGACUCUGAGUUUCAGUAUGUUGUAGCUGUAAAUGAUAUGGACAUUGGAUCAAGAAGCAACUCAACUCUUAAUGGCUUGGACAGCUUUUCUGCAAACAAUUUAUCUGAGCUGGAUGGCAGAAACUCCGAGGGAAUCAAUGGUGUUGGCGCCUCGCAAUCAACGGGGGUUGAUUUCCAACAAACCUCUAUGCAGUACUCUGACUCUGCGCCGCAAAGCUCCUUGCUACAGUAUCCUCAAUCUAUUCCACACAAUGCUGCGUUUCAGUUUCAGCAAGCUGUUCCCCCACAUUCUACUCUUCAGUACGCUCAGUCCAUUCCGCCAAGUCCCGCUCUUCAGUAUCCACAAUCUGUUCUACCAAGUCCCACUCUUCAGUAUCCACAAUCUAUUUCCUCCAGCUCCUAUGGAAUAUACCCACAAUAUUAUGAAGAAAGACAGCAGUUUCCAAUGCAUCAUGAACACAGUUCUUCCAAUUACUCCAUUUCCAUGCCUUUCCAAGGGCAGCCAUACCCUCACCCUGGCAUCACACAGCAAAACGCAGCAGUGCAGGCAGGAGACCUAAACAUAAAACCUGAGAUGAAAGUUCGCGAGAAUGUAGAGCCUGAAAAUCGUCAGAUUUUGGCAAAAGAUCGCCAGAAUCCUCCUCAAGCAGAUAGUAAUGAGGUUAAGAAUCACUCUGAAGUUCGGGAGGCAUCCGGUUCUGCAGCUGUACCUAGCCAGGAUGCUGCACAUAUGUUGCCCCCAAGAAGAGACCCACGACAGAACAAUCCUGUGAAGCCUUCUACCUACCGUGAUGCUGUUGCACCUGAGCAGGUUCCUGUAUCUGGUGAGGAUGAUCAGCUUUCAACAUCAAGUGGUACCUGUGGUCUUGCUCAUACUGACUCUGAGUCAAAUUUAAUCGAUCUUGAUUAUCCGGAGCCUUUACAGCCCACGCGGAGGGUGUAUCGUUCGGAGAGGAUUCCCCGCGAACAGUUAGAAAUGCUAAACCGCUUGUCGAAGUCUGAUGACUCGAUAGGGUCUCAGUUCUUAAUGUCUCAUUCACAAGCUAGCACUGGACAGCAAGAUCCAGCAAAACAAGGAGAGGGUAAAUCACAUGAAGAUUCGCACAUGGUUAAUGAAACAGUCUCUGAAAAUGUUGUUUCGUCGAAUGAGCAAAAGAAUUUAGACCCUGAUGCUGCCGACAAGAACAGAAUGGUAAAUGGUGGAGGUACAGAGACUGAAAAUCCUAAUGUUAGCCAUAUAGACACAGCCAUAAGUCAAGGUUCGUCAGGUGUUCUUAUUGACAUCAAUGAUCGGUUCCCUCAGGACUUUCUUUCUGAAAUAUUUGCAAAGGCACUUUCUGAGGAUAUGCCACCAGGUGCCAAUGCAUAUCAUCAUGAAGGAGCCGGUGUAAGUUUGAAUGUAGAGAAUCAUGAUCCUAAAAAUUGGUCUUAUUUUCGGAAGCUAGCCGAGGAACAGUUUGGCGAAAGAGAUGAUUCUUAUAUCGACAGAACCCCUGGCUUUCCAUCUGACAUGGAAGAUGCCGGACAGAUUACCAAAUUGCAUCACGGCGCUCCAUUGACUAGAGAUGGCAUUUCAGCAGAAAACCGUGUGGAUCCUCAGCUGAAUCUAGGUCAAGAUGGCGAGGAUGUACAGACGAAGGUCACAGAGAGUGAGGAAUUUGGUGCUAUGGUUGAGAAUCUAAGGACGCCGGAUGGUGAACAUGAGGAUGAAAAGUCUGAAACAAGGAAUGCUGGGCUUCCUCCACUUGGUCCGUCUCUUGCAGAUUACGAUACAAGUGGCUUGCAGAUCAUUAUGAAUGACGAUCUCGAGGAGCUAAAGGAGCUUGGUUCCGGCACGUUCGGUACUGUGUAUCAUGGGAAAUGGAGGGGAUCAGAUGUUGCCAUCAAGAGGAUAAAGAAAAGUUGCUUUGCUGGUCGAUCGUCUGAACAAGAGAGAUUAACUGGUGAAUUCUGGGGAGAGGCUGAAAUUCUUUCAAAGCUUCAUCAUCCAAAUGUGGUUGCAUUUUAUGGUGUUGUAAAAGAUGGACCUGGUGGAACAUUGGCUACUGUGACAGAGUACAUGGUUGAUGGUUCUCUCAGACAUGUUCUGCUCAGGAAAGAUAGACACCUUGAUCGCCGUAAGAGACUAAUCAUUGCCAUGGAUGCUGCAUUUGGAAUGGAGUAUUUGCACGCCAAAAACAUUGUUCACUUCGAUUUGAAAUGUGACAAUUUACUUGUGAACCUCAAAGAUCCUUCUCGUCCAAUCUGCAAGGUUGGUGAUUUCGGUUUGUCGAAAAUUAAAAGAAAUACAUUGGUAUCUGGCGGUGUACGAGGAACCCUACCAUGGAUGGCACCAGAGCUUCUAAACGGUAGCAGCAGCAAAGUUUCAGAGAAGGUCGAUGUCUUCUCUUUUGGUAUAGUCUUGUGGGAGAUUCUAACCGGAGAGGAACCAUAUGCUAAUAUGCACUAUGGUGCUAUAAUAGGUGGGAUAGUGAACAACACACUGAGGCCGACCAUACCAAGUUACUGUGACUCGGACUGGAGAAUACUAAUGGAGGAAUGUUGGGCGCCUAAUCCAACGGUACGGCCAUCCUUCACGGAGAUAGCCGGUCGGUUACGUGUGAUGUCAACUGCAACAACCUCGAACCAAUCCAAACCACCAGCUCACAAUAAGGCUUCAAAGUAA